AUGACUUCAUUCAAUAACAAUACUCCAACAAAGUUCCCUGCAGUUGGUCCCGCUCCUCCCAAUGGCGACUUGCUUUUGGCCAAUGAGCGUGCCAAGGCCUCAUUCGACGUCAAGGAGAUGUCAAAGUUUAUGUACACCGAGGAAUACCUCAACAAAAUGUACAAGGUGCUUGAAGUCCUCGAGUCUGAACCUGCCUUUGACAAGUCCAAUCGAUACCACGAGAGUCGUCCUGAAAAGAUUGCUUCCUCUCUUUGGAAGGAUAAGCGUCUUGUUGACUUGCAAAAGGAGCACAAUUGGGAUGAGACCGAUGUUUCUAUUGCCAACUUUUUGUAUGAUCAAUCGACCCCAUUUACCUUGCAUUACAACAUGUUUAUUCCCACUUUGAAGAAUCAAACCACCGACGAGCAAAAGAAGUUAUUCCUUGAGCCCGCUUUGAAGCAUCACAUCAUUGGUUGUUACGCACAAACUGAGAUCGGACACGGCUCCAAUGUUCAAGGUUUGGAGACUACGGCAACUUACAUCAACGAGACCAAUGAGUUCGAGCUCCACUCCCCAUCUCUUACUGCUGCCAAAUGGUGGAUCGGUGGUCUUGGCAAGGCUGCUAACCAUGCUAUUGUCAUGGCUCGUCUUAUUCUCAACGGCAAAGACUUUGGUCCUCAUCCAUUCUGUGUCCAAAUCCGUAGCCUCGUGGAUCAUCGCCCUCUCAAGGGUAUCACUGUGGGUGAUAUCGGUCCUAAGUUUGGUUUCAACUCUGUCGACAAUGGCUUCAUCAUGUUUGAUCAUUAUCGUAUCCCCCAUGUUGCCUUCCUUGCCAAGUAUUCCAAGGUGGUCCCAGGAUCUGGCGAAUACAUCAAGCCUCCAAAUGCCAAACUUUCUUAUGGUACCAUGGUGUUUGUUCGUGCACACAUUGUUCUUGGUGCUCGCAUGGCUAUUGCAAGAGCUGCUACUGUUGCCGUUCGCUACUCUGCCAUCCGUCGUCAAUUUGUGGAUGCAGCUAACCCUCGCAAGUGGGAUAACAAGGUUAUUGAAACAUCCGUCCUCGAUUAUACCAUGCAGCAAUACCGUCUCUUGCCAAUGAUUGCCACUGCUUAUGCAUGCUUCUUCACUGGACGUGACAUGAUUCGCCUCUACAACCGCAACCAAGAAGAAAUGGCCAAGGGCAACUUUGAUUUGCUUGCCGAUCUCCAUGCAAGCUCUUCAGGCUUAAAGUCCUUGGUAACCACAAUGUCAGCAGCUGCUAUUGAAGAUGCUCGUCGUGCAUGCGGUGGUCAUGGCUACAGCUUGUUCUCUGGUCUCGGUCAAUUUUAUCAAGAUUACUUGCCCAAUGUCACUUGGGAAGGUGACAACUAUAUCUUGACCCAACAAACUGCACGCUACAUCUUGAAGACCCUCCGCAACGUUGUUGCUGGCAAGGCUACUCAAUCUGAACACAACCACACAAUCAACUACUUGCUCCAAUACCUUGAGAAUCCCAAGGCAAAGUGCCCUGCACAAACAGCUGCCGAUUUCUUGAACCCCGAAUUGAUCCUUGCAGCAUUUGGCUUCCGUGCUGCUUACCUUGCUGCUAAGCUUGCUGAACAAAUUGAUCAUCAAGGCCGUUCUUGGAACUCAGUCCUCGUUGAGAUCAACCGUGUCUCACGUGCUCAUUGUCAAUUUAUGCUUGUUCGCACCUUCAUUGUAUCUUUGCAAAAUGAUGAGGCUCUUUCUAAGCCUGAAAACCGCUCCAUGCUCAAGGUUUUGCGCACUCUUGCCGCACUUUUCGCUUUGCACACGAUGGAACAAGAGCUUGCAGAAUUCUUGACUUCUGGUUACCUUUCUUCUGAACAAGCUGCCAUGGUCAAGGAUCAAGUUAUUACCUUGCUUGAACAAGUUCGCCCUGAUGCUGUCUCCCUUGUUGAUGCUUUUGCUUUGCCCGACUACUACUUAAACUCUGCCCUUGGUCGUUACGAUGGUAAUGUAUAUCAAGCCUAUACCAAGAUGGCUGAGAAUGAGCCACUCAACAAGACUUUGGUGGUGGAUGGCUAUGAGCAAUACAUCAAGCCCCUUGUUCAUGAUGGCCUUAGCGCUGAUGGUACCACCCAUGCCGCCAAGCUGUAA